GGACCCCGAGCCGGACGCAGGCUCUUCCGAGGCGUUCUCCAGACUCUGGGCCGACGUGAUGGGCAUCCUGGACGGUUCCCUGGGAAACAUUGAUGACCUGGCGCAGCAGUACGCAGAUUAUUACAACACCUGCUUCUCAGACGUGUGCGAGAGGAUGGAGGAGCUGCGGAAACGGCGGGUUUCACAGGACCUUGAUGUGAAGAAACCCGACACCAGCCCCACAUCACUUCAGCUGCGGUCCCAGAUCGAAGAGUCACUUGGCUUCUCUAGCACCGUGUCAACACCUGAAGUGGAAAGAAAGCCCACUCUUCAUAAAUCAAACUCUGAAGACAGCUCUGUAGGAAAAGGAGAUUGGAAGAAGAAAAAUAAGUAUUUCUGGCAGAACUUCCGAAAGAACCAAAAAGGAAUAAUGAGACAGACUUCAAAAGGAGAAGAUGUCGGUUACGUCGCCAGUGAGAUAACAAUGAGUGACGAGGAGCGGAUUCAGCUAAUGAUGAUGGUCAAAGAGAAGAUGAUCACCAUCGAAGAAGCACUGGCUAGGCUCAAGGAAUAUGAGGCCCAGCACCGGCAGACAGCUGCCCUGGACCCCGCCGACUGGCCAGAUGGUUCCUACCCGACUUUUGAUGGCUCAUCCACCUGCAAUUCAAGAGAACAAUCGGAUGAUGAGACUGAGGAGUCGGUGAAGUUUAAGAGGUUACACAAGCUGGUGAAUUCCACUCGCAGAGUCCGAAAGAAACUAAUUAGGGUGGAAGAAAUGAAAAAGCCCAGCACUGAAGGUGGGGAAGAGCUCGUGUUUGAGAAUCCCCCAGUCUUGGACGAAAGGGCCGCCCUUUACUCUGGAGUGCAUAAGAAGCCCUUUAUCAUUGAUGGCUCUCCCGACAAACCUCCUGAAGACGACACUGACUCGCUCACUACAUCUCCAUCGUCCAGCAGCCUGGACACCUGGGGAGCUGGCCGGAAGUUGGUCAAGACCUUCAGCAAAGGAGAGAGUCGGGGUCUGAUUAAGCCCCCUAAGAAGAUGGGGACGUUUUUCUCCUAUCCAGAAGAAGAGAAAGCCCAGAAAGUGUCCCGCUCCCUUACAGAGGGGGAGAUGAAGAAGAGCCUCGGGUCCCUGAGCCACGGGAGAACCUGCAGUUUUGGAGGAUUUGACCUGACCAAUCGUUCUCUGCACGUUGGCAGUUCUGACCCCAUGGGAAAAGAAGGAGAUGUUGUGUACAAAGAAGUCAUCAAAUCACCCACUGCCUCCCGCAUAUCUCUCGGAAGGAAGGUGAAAUCGGUGAAAGAGACAAUGCGGAAGAGAAUGUCUAAGAAAUACAGCACCUCUGUCUCUGAGCAGGACUCAGGGCUCAAUGGAAUGCCGGGCUCCCCAGCCUCUGCCCAGCCUGACUCUGAACACAUGGACAAACCCAAGCUCAAAGCUGGAGGCUCUGUGGAAAGUCUUCGGAGCUCUCUGAGUGGGCAGAGCUCAAUGAGUGGUCAGACAGUCAGCACCACUGACUCCUCUGCCAGCAACAGGGAGAGCGUCAAGUCAGAAGACGGUGACGACGAGGAGCUGCCCUACCGGGGCCCCUUCUGUGGGCGUGCGCGGGUGCACACCGACUUCACCCCAAGUCCCUAUGACACAGACUCGCUCAAGCUCAAGAAAGGAGACAUCAUUGACAUCAUCAGCAAACCGCCCAUGGGGACCUGGAUGGGCCUGUUGAACAACAAGGUCGGCACCUUCAAGUUCAUCUACGUGGAUGUGCUAAAUGAGGAAGAGGAGAAGCCCAAGCGCCCCACCAGGAGGAGGAGGAAAGGGAGACCUCCCCAGCCCAAAUCCGUGGAGGAUCUCUUGGACCGGAUCAACCUGAAAGAGCACAUGCCCACUUUCUUGUUCAAUGGAUACGAAGACUUGGACACCUUCAAGCUCCUGGAGGAGGAAGACUUGGACGAACUAAAUAUCAGAGACCCGGAGCACAGAGCUGUUCUCUUGACGGCAGUAGAGCUGUUACAGGAAUAUGACAGUAACAGUGACCAGUCUGGGUCCCAGGAGAAGCUGUUGGUGGACAGCCAGGGCCUGAGUGGACGCUCCCCAAGAGACUCGGGCUGCUACGAGAGCAGCGAGAACCUGGAAAAUGGCAAGACUCAGAAAACUGGCCUCUUACCUGCCAAGUCAUCAACUGAGUCCAGCUUGAAGCCUUUCCACAGGAAUCAGCUGGGCACCUACCCGACCUUGCCUUUAACAAAGUCAGUGGAUGCUCGGAAGCAGGGAGAGGAGAUCAGGCUGGGCCUUGGUGGUGCCCCGGUCACCUCCAAGCACUGCGACCCACCUCGUGUGACUGGUGUGAGUAAAGACCGAAGAAGCCUCCCGGUUUCCAUCUGUCGGAGCUGUGAGACCCUGGAGGGCCCCCAGACUGUGAAGGCAUGGCCCCGAUCCCACUCCCUGGAUGACCUCCAGGGACAGCCUGAUGCUGGAAAAGAUGUGCCUACUGAGGGGACAGACGCCUCUCCUCAGGUUGUACCGGAAGUGCCCCAGAAGACGUCCGCCCCCACUGCAAAGGUCCAACCUCCAGGGCGAGAUUCUGCUGCCAACAAUGCCUCCCUACUGACCCAAAGCCAGAGAUGUCCUGACUCUCAGAAGAUGACGCCCUGGAAAGCUGAAGGCCCCCCCGCAGCCUCUUCCUGUGGCACUUCACCUCCUCAGUGUUUGCCCAGAAACUAUGAGACUCAGCUUCCUGGAGUCAGGCACAGCUUAACAAGGACGUCUCUUGAGGGUCACAGGAAAGGACAUGAUUUUGAAGGAACCCACCAUCCCCCAGGCAUAAAAGAAGGAGUAGAUACAGAACAGAGGGUCCCUGAGGCAAGGACACAGCCAAAACACUCUUCACAGCCUCCACCUGUUCCUGCCAAAAAGAGCAGAGAACGCCUUGCCAAUGGGCUCCACCUUGUUCCUGUGGGCCCUGCAGGGACCCUCACCAGCCCAGAUGCUCCAUGUUUGCCAGUGAAGAAGGCCAGCCCUAUUGAUGGUCCCUCAGCACAGGUGUCCAGGUCUCCCUCGGGGCAGGAGCCUGGCAGCCCGUCAUGUAGCAGGCCUCCGCCGUGGCUCUCGGAGCUGCCCGAGAGUGCCAGCCUGCAGGAGCAUGGUGUGAAGCUGGGCCCGGCGCUGAGCAGGAAGGUGUCCUGCAACCGGGGGGUCGACCUGGAACUGCUCACCGAGACCAAGCUACUUGCCGAAGGCAUUGACCUCACAGAAGAGCCGUACUCUGAUAAGCACGGCCGCUGUGGGAUCCCUGAAGCCCUGGUGCAGAGAUAUGCAGAGGACCUAGACCAGCCUGAGAAGGACAUUGCCACCAACAUGGACCAGAUCCGGGUGAAGCUGCUUCGGAAGCAGCACCGAAUGGCGAUCCCAAGUGGUGGGCUCACCGAAAUCUGCAGGAAGCCCCUCGCUCCUGGAUGCAUCACGUCCGUGUCAGACUGGCUCAUCUCCAUCGGCCUGCCCAUGUACACCAGCACCCUCUCCGACGCAGGGUUCAGCACACUGAGCCAAGUGCCUUCUCUGUCGCACACUUGCCUUCAAGAGGCCGGCAUCACAGAGGAGCGACACAUCAGGAAGCUCGUGUCCGCAGCCAGACUCUUCAAACUGCCACCCAGCCCCGAGGCCAUGUAGCCGGGCCCAACAUGGACCCCCCGACCAGAGCCAGCCUUUCCCUGUGCUCGUGAAGCUGAUGCAAUUCCUUCAUCAUGGGCAGACUGACCGGGUCCAGAAGAAAGGCACCCAGAGGGUAUGAGAGGAGAGAGCAGAGCGCCUUGUUUCUGGUUGUGCCCUUGCUCCCGUGUUGGUCACCCUGCAUCAUGCCUGAGCCAGACAGGCUUAGCUAGGCCAAAGUAACAGACUCGGGAAUUAUUAUAUACUAUAGACUAUGCUCGCUUCCUCAGAAGUUAGAACAUCUGUCUGCACCAGGAAAAGCAAAGUCCUAUUCUCCUUUAGGUAAACAAGAGACUUUUAAAUAAUUGCUUUCUAGCAAUCAGCUUUUAUUUGCCUUAAUAUCAGCUUUCAAGCAGUUAUCUGUAACUAGUGUCCACAACCCUGUAACCCUAGUUCCAGAUCUUCAGCCUAAGACUGCCAUGUGACAUGUCUGGGAUGUUUUCAGCAAAAAUUGGCUUUUCUAAUUGUCUCAUCCUAACAUGGCUUGUUUUGUAGGGGUGACUGUCAGGCACGCAUUUCAUGUUGGCUUUCAGUGUUUGAACUAACUGCAGCCUAGUAAAAAGUUAUCUGAAAUUGACAAAGAUAUCUGUGUGGGUGUGGGUGUGGGAGUGUAGUAACUGCCUUUCAUUUUAAUCAGUUCAGUAUUGUACCACAUUGGUCACUAUAGCAGUAUUGACUUGGAAUCCUGACCAUGUCCAUUGCAAAAUUCAGCCAUCUGCUAAGAGGUGGCGCUUGCAGAAAGCCAGUGUAGGGUUAAAUAUUUCAGAAAGCUGUUUCAAAAAAGGGAAAUAGUAUAAUUUUGUUGUUUUUGGUUUUUUUUAGUUGUAUAAUUAAGAUAUUGUUAUCCUUUUUUCUUAUUUAGAUAAUUCUUUUUGUUCAAACAGAUUUGUUAGGGAGCCAACACCACGCUAGCCAUGUGUUGAAUAUUGCAUAUUUUCAAUUAUUUUCCAACUGAUUUCAGCAUAUCAUAUCCUGUUUUAGUCUCAUGUCUCAUUUUCUAGCACAUAGCAAAUUUAGACAAUAUUAAGGUUUCCAUUCCUUACAAAAUGAUUUUUCCUUCACAUUCUUAAUCAUGAGCACUAUUUGAAGCAUCAAAUAUGAUCAUUUACAAUAGAAACACUUUGAACAUAAGACCUUGAUCAAAAGUUCUCUAAUGUUUCAUCUAGUAUUAAAUGAUUUCCCUCAGGGAAGUGGGAGAAGUGGUUUCAUUAAUUAUAAAGCCAUCUUUACAUGCUUUAUAUAUCUAGAUUCAUGUCUCUGAGGAAAAGGACAUUCUCAGGUGAUGUAUUUUUUUCAUGCAUUGGUGUGCAUUUUUAAAAAGUUAUAUGUUUCUUCCAUGAAUUUUACCUUCUCUAAGAUGCCAUGUGAAGAAAUUGUGGCAAUGCUGAAUAAAAAGGCAAAGCCACCGAAUUUCUGUGGAAUUCUUAAAAAGUUCCAGCAAUAUUUGUACGCUUAGGUUGUGGCCAUAGCCCAUUUGGAAGGUGGUAGGGCUGCAGGUCCUCGGGCUAGCUACAGCACUCACUAGCUGUCAUUUGUGGUGGAGGUGGAGGACAUAAAACAGGCUUCUCUUCUUGCUUUUGGAAUACUUUGGCUUGGCUUCCGGACAGAGUUUGCUGCUCAUUUCAGCUGAGCCAGAAGACCGCAUGAAGGUCAAGUUAGAGGCAACAAAGGAGGAGGAGAAAUCGCAUGGGAGUUUUCCAGUUUUAAUUUGUUCUCAGCCUAGAGCUUUUGUUUCAGUAAAACUAGCACCAGAGAUGUUGAAAAUGUCAAACCAUAUUUUUAUCACUCUUGGAAAUCAUUGCCUUUGCAUGGAAAAUUAAAUUCAGGGACCACAAAUAAUUUUUAGCACGAACGUCUGAUUUGAGAGGGCUUGGUUGUUUUUACUUUCUUUUAAAUUUUUUUCUAAACUAUCUCUAGUGUCUGAUCUUCUUUUGUUUUAAAUUUUUAAUUUGAUCUGAGAAAAGCCUGAACGUGUGACAGUUGAUUGAGGUGGUUUGGGGCUGCCUGUGGAUGUUGAAGGUGGUAAGUUUUAGCAAUAUCUAGUUUUUAUCAGUUGCGUUUGGUACAGCAUUUGAGUAAUGAUAAAAAUUAAUGUCUUUGGAAAGCACAAAAGAAACCUGGAAAAGCAGUUUGGCUCAGGUAGGUUUACAUGUCGUUGUGUGUAAUUUGUAGCGUCACAGCUGUCUGGAAGGAAAUGCAGCCAGUCCCAACUACUACUUAGAUUCCCAAAUAAAGCAAAUAGCUUUUCACAGCCUUGCCUUACUCAGAGGCGCUUUUCUCUGUCCUGACCCCAGGUGUGGUUGAAAUUGGAAAUGAUUUGUCUAGUAGAAAUCACUCUUUGACAUAGCAAAGUUUGCUUUCAUAACUGCAGUGAGAGAGGUCAGUUCACCAAGUCACUCCUGCAUGUGCGUACUAUAUUAUGUUCAGAAAAAAAUAUAAUCGUCUGAGUCCAAGGUAUCUUGAUUUUAAAUUGAGAAUACUGUCAAGCAAGUUAUAUAACAACUAACAACAUUGCACUUUCUGUAUAUGAAAUCAAUAUUUAAAUAACUUAUUUUUCUCCAUUGCUGUUCUUAAACAUUGUAAGUAGCUGUAAUAUACCAGUACCAAUAUGUUCUUGCAAUUGCUUCAGCCCAAGAAAGCUGUGUAUUGUUUUAAAAACUGUAAAAAAUAUUGUGAUGAUUCAUUUAGCAAAAAGAAAGGUGGACAGAAGGGUUUUCCUAUGUAUCAAAAUUUGUCUAUAAUUAUGUCAUCUAUGUACCUAGAAAAAAAGUAAAUAAAUUUCUUCAGUUGAAUCUG